ACAUCUAUAAAUUAAAUCCUGUCCUGGAGGAUGAUGUGCUGCGAGUUGGAGGACGUCUCGGUAGGGCUGUUAUGUCUGAAGAGUCCAAGCAUCCUGUCAUAAUCGCUAAAGACCUUCACAUUUCUAAACUUGUUGUACAGUAUAUCCCUAAAGAGGUGGGUCAUGGUGGCAGGAACCACAUUCUCUCAAAACUGCAUCAGAAAUACUGGAUCCCUGGUGCUGGCACUUUGAUAAGGAAGAUUGUGAUGAGGUGUGGGGUCUGCAGACGGCUUCAUGGAGCUGUAGAACAGUAACAAAUGGCUGACUUACCUGAAAGCAGAGUGACUCCAGAGAAACCUCCUUUUACCUUUGUUGGAGUGGAUUACUUUGCUCCGUUUGAAGUUAAGCAUGGAAGAAGUCUUGUGAAGAGAUAUGGAGUUAUAUUCACAUGUUUGGUAAUUAGGGCUGUACAUAUUGAGGUUGCCUCAUCUCUUGACACUGAUUCCUUCAUUAACGCCCUACACCGUUUUAUAGCAAGAAGAGGCCAGGUUCAAGAGCUGCGUUCUGACAAUGGUACCAACUUUGUGUGGGCGGAUCGCGAGCUGAGGCGGGCCAUGGAAGAGUGGAACCAUGAAAGGAUCACGGAUAUGUUGUCUUUGAAGGGAGUUAGAUGGAUCUUCAACCCUCCUACUGGAUCGCAACAUGGCGGAGCAUGGGAGUGGUUGAUUCGCUCUAUCAGAAAGGUCCUAAACUCCACCCUGCAGACACAGCAUUUGGAUGAGGAAGGACUCCAAACAGCCCUUUGUGAAGUUGAGCCAAUCCUCAACAGUAGACCCAUUACACAGGAAUCAAUGGACCCGAACGACUUGGAAGCCCUAACACCAAACCAUCUCCUCCUUCUUAAAUCCAAUCCAUGCUUACCACCUGGUCUGUUCCAGAAGGACGAUCUCUAUGCACGUAAGAGAUGGAAGAAGGUCCAGUACAUCUCUGACUUCUUUUGGAAAAGAUGGAUUAAGGAAUAUCUGCCACAACUUCAACAGCGCCAGAAAUGGACAAGGAUUAAACGCAACUUCAUGCCUGGAGACGCGGUCCUCAUAGUGGAUGACUCUAUGCCACGUGGUUCCUGGAUCAUUGGCAGAGUCACUGCAACUGUUCCAGACAAGAAAGGACUUGUGCAUCAAGUCUGGAUUAAGACUCCAACCAACCAUGUAUGCCGGCCUGUCACGAAGUUAUGCCUUCUUCAGGAGGCCUCCAACCCUUGAUGACAUUCUUGACCCGACUUGAUGUGACUACAAUACGUGCUUGACUCGACAUGACAACAUUACCAGACAUGCAUCACAGACUGGUUUGAUAUCUAGGCUAAAUCCUGAUAACCUCCGACCUAUGAUUGAUAAUGGGGGAGAAGAAAGAACUGAAGUGGACAGUGAUGGACUUCUAAAUGGUGUCUUAUCGCUAUGUGAUGUAAUGUGUGGUUAUGUGUUGUGUGUUCUGGGUCACGGUGUUGAAUGUGUAAUUAUUACUAUGUUGUGUCGUAAUAAUUACGGGCCGGAAUAUAGGAGACAGAUGUGGGCACAGUGAUGUAGCAACUACGUAAUGACGUAUUUUAAUUGGAUCACAUGGUGUUGGUGACGGUAGCAGUUCGCGAUAUAUAUCACUGGUUCACUUUAGGUGCGGUUUGGUAGUGAGUGGGUGAUGGGGGGAAGCUCACUUUUUGCUGACCACUUUGUUUUGUCCUUUUAAGUAUAUUUUUUUAUCAUGGAUUAACUUAACGCCAAUGAACUGAAUAGCAAGCUGUUUUUAAUGCUUGGAUGCCUGAAGAAUUUUUGUGAUAUGAAAUAAAGGAGUCUUGUUUAAACCAUGGAUUGUUCUUUGGACUGUCAGGCAAUUUCCCCCCGUUCAGCCGCUCAGCGACAUGAACUUUGUUAGAUAGUCGCCAAAAUUAAUCUUCAUGAGUAGGGUUGGGCAUCGAGCAUCGAUUGGAACCAGGACUAACUUUACGAUUGUCCCGGAAUCGUUCAAAUUUUUAAAUUUCAAUUCCUAGUUUCGAUACCUAGUCCGCCGACCUGAAGAAGAAUCUGCCGAACACCAAUGAAGAAGAAUCCGCCGGAAGUAUUUUACCAUGAAACCAUGGACACUGCUUGGCGGCGGUCAAAAGUGUGGCUUCACUUUUGUAAAAAAAAAAAUAGUGACCAAUCUGCAGACUGCAACAUUUGUAAAACGAUAAUAUCUUGUAAAAGAGAGUGCACGACCAAUAUGAUAAAACACCUUCAGAUUCAUGGUGUGCAAAUAUCAGAGUGCCCUGUUUUUGACACACUGCGCCGGCCUUCUUCCGUUGCCUCUUCAUCCGCUGCAUCUUCCUCCGGCUCCGACCCUCAGACUAGCACCGAACUCCAGCCCAAAUCCGGUAAGUAAAAGUCUCAACUACAUCAACACUGAGGCAGCUAACAAGUUAUACUCGACGUAAAACGGUGUGGCCACUCAAAUACCUAGCUAACGUUAGCCCAUGUAUUUUUUCAUAGACCAACGCCCUGAGAUUGCUAACAUUAGCCAGGCAAUUAGCAAUACUCCGCGAUGUGCUACGCCUACUCUGUUCACCAUAGCAGCCAAGGGAAAGAUGUCAGUGCAACAAGUGGAAGAGUGCCACAGAAAGGUUACCGCAUACAUUGUGAAAAACCUGCACCCAUUUUCAGAUGUGGAAUCACCAACAUUUAGGUUAGUUAAGUAAUAACGAUAGAGCUAAGCUAAUUAAUACUGAGCUAAGGUUAUAGUAACAGUGACAUUACGUGUUUGCUUGUGUUUGCAAGGACAUGGUGAAAACCCUAAACCCCAAAUACACACCUCCUUCCAGGGACUACUUAUCAAAUAAAUUAAUCCCAUCUUGGUACAAGGUCGAGAAGUCCAAUGUAAUUUCAGAGCUCAGUGACAUCUGCUCUGUUGCACUCACAUGUGAUGGCUGGAGUAGCAUCACACAGGACCAUUACCUCACCAUCACAGCACACUAUAUAGUAGACAGCAAAAUGCAGCGAAAAGUGCUAAAAGCAAAAGCUGUUUACUAAGCACAGACCGGUUGUGUUGUGGCAGAGGAAAUCAGUGACAUUCUGUCAGAGUUUGGCAUUUCUGAUAAAAUUGUAGCAAUCACUGUAGAUAAUGCUGCCAUUAUGGAUGUGGCUGUUAAGUGCCUGCAAUUUGUGAAAAUGUGCUGUUUUGCCCAUACACUUAAUCUAGCAGCACAAAGUCUGUACUCUCUAAAUUCAGUGACUCAGUGGGUGGCCAAGAUCCGAACCAUUGUUGUGUGGAUGAAGAGGUGCUUGAUGGCAAAGGUGGUUCUCCAAGAGAAGCAAAAACUUCUACGUAAGGCACACAAAGUUCACUUUAUUUAUCCGUCGUGCAAUGACAUUAACAUAAUGACUUUUUAUUUCUGAUUUUAUUUUUAUUUUUGAGCUCUGUGGAGUAGUACUUGAUAGUAUUUGAGUCCAAUUUGUCUGUCUGCUAAAUGACUUAAAAUUAAUGUUAUUGUUUUUGUCAGAGCUGCCCCAACACUCACUCAUCCUUGAUGUGAGAACAUGAUGGAACUCUCUGUAUCUAAUGCUGGAGAGAUUCACAGAGCAGUACCUUGCAAUUCAAGCAGCCAGCUUGGAUCAGCGGCUGAGAAAAAAUAUGGAAAGGGACAGGUAGCGAUAGACAGAUGAUCUUAGACACAAAAAUACCAAUACCCUCAAAAUAUGAAUUCAAAGAACAGUAUAAGAGUGAAUACACUGCAUCUGUGAUUCACUGACAGUGAAUUGAUUGUCUUGACUUACUACAAAGAGCUGUUACUAUGACAGACUAUAUGCUAAUGUAGGGAGUGUGUAUGUUAGGUGUUUUGUUAUAAAGCAAGAGAAUAUUUCUAACAGCAAUCUGUGUGUUCUUAAUUCUUUUUCAUACAGGCUUGCUCGGCUGACAGAGGAGGAUUUUCGGAGUUCUGAAGACUUCGUCAAUGUCAUGAAAGUUCUCUACACGUCAACACUAUGCGUGUCUUCAGAAAAGAGCCCCACAUGCGGACAGAUACUACCCAUUCUCCAAAAGCUCGAUGCACAUCUGACUGUGAAAGAGGGAGACACAGUGUUUGUAUCCAACCUUAAAAAACAGAUUUGGGCAAACCUAUCUAAGUGCCACCAGAAUGAUGAGAUCAGGAACUUUCUCCAAAUGGCCAGUGUGUUGGAUCCGCGCUUUAAAAAUAAGUUGGAUGAUGACACCAUCUGGAACCAGAUCCAGAGGAAGCUGAUUGAACAGUCAACAGAGGAAGACUGUGGAGCUGAUGGAGACACCAUGCAGUCUGAGGAAAGGCCUGAGAAUGAGGCAGAGAAGGAGACUUAGGAAGAGGAGUGUCAGCCACCUCCCCACAAACUGUCCAGGAAGACUCCACUGGAAGAGCUGUUCGCUGAGGAAGAGGCACAGAACAUAGUGUCACAGCAGAGCUCCAUGUCCAUCAAGAAACGAGUGGAGAGAGAGCUUCAGAUAUACCAGGAAAUUCCACCGGCCAUCAUGUCCGAGCACCCUGCUGCAUGGUGGUGGAACCAGCGAAAGACUUGUCCUUUGCUGUCAGAUCUCACUUUAUCAUAUUUAUGCAUUCAAGCUUCUUCUACACCCAGUGAACGGGUGUUCUCCACUGCAGGGGACACUAUCUGUCCACAACGUUCAUGCAUACUGCCUGAGAAGGCAGAUAUGCUCAUUUUCCUUAACAAGAACUGUUUCUGAUUCUGAACUGUGGAUCAGACACUUAGGAGGAUGUGUGUCUUUCAUGAAUUUUCUAAAGUUUUCAUAAAUAAAGCACUCUUGUGAAACAUGUACCCCUGUGAAAAGAAAAUGUAUCAUAUUUAUAUUCCAGGUCAUAGAUUUGAUAUUUAUAUACCAGUUGUAAACAGCCCUGUGAGAAAUUCAUAGUAAAGUUAAUAAAAAGUAAAAAGUUCAUAGAUUAAAAUUCAUGGAAAAAUCCACAGUAUUUCAACCAGAAAGACCUCUGGUUAGCUAGCUCAUUUAAAAUAUGUAAACCUUUUUGAUCCUGCCUCUUAAAAGAAUCGGAAUUGGGAAUCGUUACGAACCGGAAUCGAAACGAGGAAUUGGAAUCAGAAUCGUUCAUAUUCAAACAAUGCCCA